AGAUCACCAACUUGCCUUCUUCCCUCACAUCCACCCGCCGUCACUGCUCAUCCUCGAACCGCCCACCUCGACCAUUGCAUGCUGCGGACAAGCUGCUAAUAAAUCACACACGCUUUGCUUCACCCUCCUCUACAUUCACACACCGCUCUCACCGACACGCGCCGGCGUCCCGACAGUCCCAGAAAAAUGGCGGAUCAAAACGGCCCCAAGCCCAGCAGCAGCGUCAAGCUGGUCCUCCUCGGCGAAGCUGCCGUCGGAAAGUCUUCCCUCGUCUUGCGAUUCGUCAACAACGACUUCCAGGAGAACAAGGAGCCCACAAUCGGCGCUGCCUUCUUGACACAAAAAUGCAACCUGCCUACCCGAACAAUCAAGUUUGAAAUCUGGGACACCGCCGGCCAAGAACGCUUCGCCUCCCUUGCGCCCAUGUAUUACCGCAACGCUCAGGCCGCCCUCGUCGUCUACGAUCUCACGAAAGCCACGUCUCUCAUCAAGGCUAAGCACUGGGUUGCUGAGCUGCAACGCCAAGCAUCUCCCGGUAUCGUCAUCGCCCUCGUCGGCAACAAGCUCGAUUUGGCCGGUGAGCCAGUAGAAGCAGAGAGCGAAGGCCAGGACGGCGAGGAAGCUGGCAGCGCCCGCCAAGUCUCUACCGAAGAGGCCCAGGCCUACGCUGAAGAAGAGGGCCUUCUUUUCUUCGAGACCAGUGCCAAGACUGGCGCCAACGUGUCCGACGUCUUCACUGCGAUUGCUAACGCCAUUCCCGAGACAUCGCUCAAGAGUGCCCGCGGAACCGGAGCUGCUGCAGGUACUGCCAGAGCCGGCGAGGAGCAAAGAGUAAACCUUGGUGGUGGUACCAGAGAUGGCGCAGCCAAGGACAGCUGUGCUUGCUAAACGAUGAAACGAAAUUAUAUAUGGGAGAGAAUGCACUGGGUAUAGCAGGCGCACACCAGGCUUGGUUGCGGCGGCCGCCGCCCCGAUUCGGAAUCAUUUUAACACUGUUUGGGAGCCAUCCGUCUUCAAGUUUUCUUGUUCUUCUUUUUUUGUCGUUUAGCUGUUUUCUUCACCUGCUGCUUGGGCGUUCUUCACAACAUGACUGUUGGCUGUACUUGGGGAGAGAUAGAGGUAAAUAUGCAUUCCAAUUAAUCACACAUGUCACAUCAGCGCCUGUCAUGCACAGUAGACAAGAGUGAAUUGUUCAAAAUAUACCACUUCUAUUUAACACGAAGC